CAAACAGUUGCUCGAGUUUCUAUUUUGUAAUUAUUGGAAGACAUUCAUUAAAAUUACUGAUUUUUUAUAUAUUUAUGUUUCCUUUUCUUUUGGGUCAUCAUUAUAAAACAUAUUUCAUCAUGAUUUAGCAAACGUUUUAAUUAGCUUAUGUCUAUAGAUGUUUUGUGUUCUAGUAGUCAAUGAUUUUGUAGUAAGCUGAAAAAAAACAAAACAAAUCCAUAACUUAUGGUAGCCUGGCAUUUCGUUUUUUGAGAAUGACGAUUGCAUCACAUUAUGCUGGAUGGUUAACAUUAACAGUUUGGAGAAAAAAAACUACUCUUCUAAUAGUUGCAUUGUUAAUAAUUUUAGCUAUAUUCGGUAUCCAUUAUAAUUCAGGAAGUGAAAUCUCAGAAUCUCAAGAUGAUAGUGAAAUUGCUAGAGUGACUAAUAUGCAAGACAAAAGGAGUCUUUUAGGUGGCAGUUCUGUACAGUUUAUCAAAAGUGCUUCACUUGCCACUGUUUCUUCAUUGAACAAUAUAGUUAUAGAUGACACCCCUUCUCGUGAAGAUAUUAUGAAACAGAGGGGUAUGGUUGAUGAUAAUGGAAUGAAUGAAGUUCAUAUUUUUUCUAAAACUCCAUAUAUACCGAAAGCAAGAUUAUUGCAUUUAGAUUUGAAGGGGGCUCCACCAAAAGUUUCCUAUAUUAAAAAGAUUUUUCAUCUCUCAAAGUCUCUUGGAGCUACUGGAGUUUUAUUGGAAUGGGAAGAUAUGUUUCCUUGGUCUGGUUCUCUGAGUGUUCUAGCUGCAGCAAAUGCAUAUACUAAAAAUGAAGUCAAUGAAAUUUUACUUGCUGCUAAAGAGAAUGAUUUAGAAGUUAUUCCUCUUAUCCAAACAUUUGGACAUGUUGAAUUUGCUUUAAAACAUGACCAUUUCAGUCAUCUGAGGGAAGUACCCGAUUCUGCUCAAGCUCUCUGCCCUUCUCUUAAUGCAUCUAUUGAGUUUGUUCAACAUAUGAUAGAACAGGUUAUGGAAAUACACAAUGAAUCAAAGUACCUUCAUAUAGGCUGUGAUGAAGUCUUUCAGAUGGGAGAGUGUUCUAAGUGUAGAUUACAGUCCAGAGAAAACCUUUUUCUUGGCCAUGUCUCUAAAAUUGCUACAAUUGUUAAAACAUUGUAUAAAAAUGUAAUCCCCAUCAUUUGGGAUGAUAUGUUGAGGCAUUUAGCUCUAAGUAAUUUAGAACAAUAUCAUAUUGGUGAUCUAGUUGAGCCUAUGGUAUGGGUUUAUGCUGAAGAUGUGUAUCGUUUUGUUCAGUAUUCAGUUUGGGACAAGUACGCUGCUGUUUUUCCCAGGGUUUGGGCAGCUAGUGCCUUUAAAGGAGCAUUUGGUGAAACUUUAUAUGUUCCCAAUGUUAAAAGACAUCUAGAAAAUAAUCUAAGAUGGCUUGAAGUUAUGAAUAAUGAAGGACUAAAAUUCAAAAAUGGUUUUCAAGGAAUAGUUAUUACUGGCUGGCAAAGAUAUGAUCAUUUUUCUGUUCUUUGUGAGCUACUACCUGCAGCAAUACCUUCAUUAGCUGUUACUAUGGUCGCUACAACUCAUGGUUAUUUGAACUCAUCUAUAAGAACUAAGCUAAAUACAUAUCUUGGUUGUGGUGUAUUUGGACCUACUUCAUUUUUCAAUCUUAAUACCGACCCAUUUUUGUGGGAUUCUUAUUCUAGAUGUACAUUUCCAGGUCAUGCUUUUUUUAAACUCACGUAUAGGUUCAACAAUGCUGAAAAAGAAGCUAAAGAAUUAAUAGAAAUGAUACGUAAACAAAAAGGUUGGAUGACAGAGUAUAAUGUCAGGCACAAUUUUUCCACCCCACUUCGCAUUGAAGAAUUAAUGCAGGAACAUUCGAGAAUUUAUCAUACAAUGACAUCUCUUAGUAGAGUUGCUAGGGAAUCAUUGUCUGAUAUUUUUGAUUUUUAUACUAUUGGGGAAUGGGUUGAACAAAAUAUUUAUCCAUAUGUAUUGGAUUUAGAAGAAAUUCAAAGGGAUGCUUUAGCCCUGAAAGCUAGGCAUGUUUGGCCGAAAAGACCUUUUCCUGUUUUAAAAGAUUUACAAAAGCUAGGUAUUCAGACUUCUGAAGAAAGUGCAGAUGAUACAAUACCUCCUGGCUGAAUCUUUUGCAUUAAAUUUUAUGUUAAUGUUGCUUAAGAUUGAUUAAACUGUUGUGAUAGAACUGUUGCUUAUGAUUGAUUAAACUAAUGUGAUAAUGAUCUCUGUUUAUGCUUUGAACUGAGGUUCCAUGUACCUAGAUGUUUAUUAUCAAUAUAAUUACAUCUUUGUAUAAUAUUUUUUAUCUAACCCAUAAAAGUUAUGUGUAUAGAAGUUCUGUACUACGGAUAUGGGAUCAUAUGAACACAAUCAAAAUAAACAAUAUGUAAUUUAUAUAAUUAUACUUAUAGGCUAUUGAGUAUUAUAUUUUUUCUCUUUACAUUUCAGUUAUGAAUAAAUCUUGAUAAAUUAUAGAUUUUAUUCAAUGUUAAUUAAUUAUAGCUUUGAUAAUUAUUUUAUUAUUAUCACUUCUUUUAAAUAUACUUUAAGGAAUAUGAGAAGAACUAUGCUAAAUUAAAAUAAAUAGUUCAUACAUUUUUUAUUGUAUUUGCUAAGGAAAAAUAACUUAGUCAUACAUUGAAAUCACUUAUUUUAAAGAUUCCCAGUAUUGGUUUUCAUUAUUUAUUUAUGAACUGUUAAUUUAAGAUAUUUUUAAAUUGCUAACUGGGAGAUAAAGUGGUUCAGCCUGCUUUUUAAAGGGCAAGUCUAAUUUUAUUCAUUGUUUAAGUGAGAGUAAAUGUUACUCUUACAUUUUCUUUCUUUUAUAAAUUAUUAUCUAUGUUUUCUUUAUUUAUUUUUAAAAUUUUACUACAUGAAUUAGCAAUAGCAAUUAACAGUGUAUUAUCUAUUAUUUAUUAUAUACAGGGAGUCCCGUAAGUAGAGGGGAAUUUUUAUAGAAAUGAUAGCCGACCUCAAGUGCUACAAUAAUGUUUUUACGAACAAUGGGCCAAUUUUCAGCAUAAAAGUAGAAAAUCCAUGUUUUGUGUUUUUUUUAGUAGUCGUAUUUUUUGUUGAAUAGGGAGCGAUAACUAUUAUGAUUAUCCAACUAUACUACAGGUAACCCAAUUUUGGAAAACUUCUUCGGUUAAUAAGCUUUAUUUAUUUAUGUAUUAAUUGAGUUGAGAUUUAUUGGAGAAAAAUUUGAGAUUCACCUCAAGUUUUGUAAGAAAUGAUAUGUGAUGUUUUAUCCUGCCAAGUAAAAGUACCCCUGUUUUCAGCAAAAAUGACUACAAUUAAUUGUUGCAAACCUAUUAUUUCUAAUUUUUCCAUGAUCUCGGAUAUUUUAUAGUAAACUUGAUUGCCUAAAUACACUUUUGAUUUAUAAAUAUUAAAAAAUUUAAAAUAAUGGUUUUUCAAAAAAAUGUCUGGUAAAGUGUUUAUGAAACUGUGUUUUUCAUUCAGAUUUGUAUUGUAGAAAUUGAUCCAUAUUAAUAAGGGACAAUCAAAAUGUUUCUGAUUCUAAUAUUAAUGUUUUCAUGAAAAUAAUUAAUGUUUUAAUAAUAAAUAAUAAGCAAUCAGCAGGUUUCUUUCGUUUAAACCUGUGUGUGUGUGUGUGUGUGUGUGCGUGUGCGUGUGCGUGCGUGUGUGUGUUUGUGUGUGAGAGCAAGCGUGUGAACAGUCUACCUCCAAAAAAGAAAAGCUGUACAAAACUGAAAGUGCAUAUUUAAGUUAAUUAUAUGCCUGGAAUGUUGACUAACUGAAAGUACCACUUUAUAUCAUCGAUUUUACAAUUUUCUAUAAAACGGCUCCAACGAUUUUGAUUGAACUCAAUGUAUCAAUAUAUAAUUAAGUAAUAUUUAAUAUCAUUUAGAUUUAUCACCAUGGAUGUUGCUUAACAGGGCCUUAGUACCCAAUGUUCAAAAUUUCUUCCUCUAAAGUACCUUUAAUUUGGUUUAUUUUAAAUAAUUAAUUAUAUUCCAUUGUUUGCAGUAAUUAAAAAAGGCUAAAUGUAACUUUCGAAAGAAUUUGAUAAUUAAAUAAAGGAGAAAAAAAAGAAAAAUGCUUAUUUAGCUCUAAAUAAAUGAAUCUACGGAUAUAAUAGCCAAAGGGAUAUGUAUAAUUGGAAAGCGGAGAGUUUCAGAAAGAAAAAAAACAAUAUCUAAUUAAGAUAGUCGUAGAAGGUAACAGAGAGUGACAAAAAAAAAGAAAUAUAAGAGAAAAGAACAAUAAAUUGCACUACUGCUCAUCUGUGUUGAGUUGCUAAAUCACUCAGCAUACUAAUCAGUCAAAAUUGAUACAAUUUAACAAAAGAGAACACAUAGGAUAAAGUAUUACGGGACCAUUAUCCAACAUAACGAAUAUUAUAAUUCAUUCAUUCACUGUUACAACUUUUUUUUUAAAUUUUCUUCCAUCUCUUUUUUGUCCGCUGACUCCACUACAAAACACCCAGAAUUAAUACAGAUGGUGGUGUAGGAUUCCCAAUAAUGUCUAAAAUAAAGAGUUCUCCAUACUCAGCAGGUGGUUCCUUUCAACAUCUAGUUCUUCCAAAAAAUCAGCAGUUAAAGGCAGAAUUGCUCCUCUACUCCUUAGAACCAUAGUCCCCGAGCCGAAUAUUAUCUCUAACCAAAUUCCUCUUUAUAUUUCUCUAUCAGGUACAGUAUGCAUUUUCCAUAGAUUUCCUCCUUUUUUUUUUUUGUACUUUGAGAUCCUGAUCCUCAUCGUUUUUUUCAAAUCUAAUAGUAGGAUCAGCUGUCAGAGCUUCUUUUCCUUUCGCAUUAAAGGUCAAGAUAUCUACAAAUCUCGCUGAGCCUUCCGUAUCCAGGCAAUACACUACUAGGAAGCAUCUAGACUUUUUCUUCUCCAGGAAUUCGGCAAUUUCUGACAAGGAAUAUGUUAUUCGGACAUUCGCUCAAUACAUGAGCUGGGGUUUCUGACUCUCGUCCACAUUUGCGGCAGAGGGGUCCAACAUCCCCAUUCGCCUGGCUGAUUUUGUGAAAACUGGUAUUAUUUAAUGUAAAUAACAUGUAUCCAAGGAAAUUAAAUGAAAUUUCCUAAUUAAAUAUAAACUUUUAAAAUUGCACAUUUGCGGCAGAGGGGUCCAACAUUCCCAUUCGCCUGGCUGAUUUUGUGAAAACUGGUAUUAUUUAAUGUAAAUAACAUGUUUCCAAGGAAAUUAAAUGAAAUUUCCUAAUUAAAUAUAAACUUUUAAAAUUUGUUUUUAAGUUUUAAAAAGAAGUAUAUAACACCCAAUGAAUCAAGGCAAUGACAUUUAAAAAACUAUUUCAUUGUAAUUGUGUGAAAUAUAAAAUUAUUUCAUGAAUAUGUAAAACAUUUGUUUAUUAUAACCUUAAAUAAAUUGACUGUAGUUUAAUAACUCUAGAUUCAAUAAUAUAUGAAUUUGGUAUCAAUCGUCUGUUUAUUCUAAAAAAAUUAUCAUGUAAACUUUUAGGACAUUAAAUUAGUAAAUAAUUUGAUGAAUUUCCCUUUGUGAAACCCCAACAUUAUCUACUUACAAUUAGUGUGACAACUUUUGACCUACCUAUGGCAGGCAAUGAAAAUCUCAUAACUCCAUUUUAGUAAACAUUACAAUGCAAAAUAAAAGUUUAAUAACUAAUAGUCGUACGGACCAUAAUCAUUCAUAGGUUAAAUAUAUAGAUGCACUUUCAAAUCUCUCUAGGCAUAUAUAGCUCACAUCACCUCUUUCUAUGGUAUUAUAGAAGACAUCUUUAUUCUCAUCUUCCAAGGGCUCCGUGUUUUUUAAAUUAUUGCUUCCUAUUCAACAAAAAAUGUGACUUGCUUAAAAAAACACAAAUCUUAAAUUUUCUACUUUUCUGCUGGAAAUUGGGCAAUUGUUUAUAUGAACUUUUUUAUAGAUCUUGAUUUCUACUAUCUACCAUUUAAAUAUUUCCCUCUACUUACGGGACACCCUGUUAAAAAAAAACUACCACCUACAACCCAUGAAGGGUCUCGAGUUUAGUAUUAUUUAGGGAAAGUACUGUUUAUUGGUCAGCGGUUGUGCAAGGAGAUGAUUUGACCGAGAUUAUGCUCAACUGCAAGGUCUUUCCCCUUAAUUAAAUAUAUAAUUAGGGGUACCCACUUUGUAGAGGCUGGGUGUACCCUAGGAGGAUCUCUUGAUCCCAGUGUAGCCCCACAGCAGAUGAAACAGAAUAAAUAAUUUUUCUGCCGGGAUUCGAAUCUGGGAUCUUGAGCAUUCAAAGCUGGGUGCUCUACCACUGAGCUACCCCACUCCCUAUAUAUAUGUAUAUUUUUUUGUUGUGUGUUCCUUUGGACAUGAAUACUUUUAGGUACAUUUUUCUAGUUGUUUUUGAAUGUUUUAGAUAUUUGUAGUUAAUCAAAUUGAAUUUGGUAGAUCCUGUUUCAGUAUUUCUGUUUUAUUAGAGGUUAAAAAUCAUAUGUUUGAUAUACCUCUUUCUCAUUUUGUCUUCCUAGAGUUAAUUAACAUACACAAUACUUAUUGAAUUAUAUGGGUGAAUUUCUAAUAAUGGCCACUUUUCUUAAUAAAAUUUUAAUAAUUUUGACUGCAUUAAAAAAAACUCAUUUUAUACCUACACCUUCUAUUGACAUUCAGCUAAAAUAAUCUUGACAAAAGGUCAAAAGUUUUUUUCAUGGAAAACUUAUAAAACUUUAAAAUCCCCUUCCACGUCUUUUAGGCUAUACACGAUUUUACCCGGGUUUGGGGAGAGUGUGAGAGAUUUAAGUCAUAGUUAAAAGCCUCCCCCCCUCCUGCACUGGGACGCGAACUCUUAAUUAUUCUAUCUUCUGUAAUCAGGUUGCUGUGCCAUCCCAUCCCUAAUAAUGACCAUUCACUUGAAUUCAAUAUAAAUUUUUAAAGAUCUAUAGGUAAAGAAAUAAGUGAAACUGGGUAGAAGAUGAACUGAAUGUGCUUGCUCCCCUGCAUAUAGGAAAUUAUAAAUAACCAAACAUUCUAAAAGGUUUUUAUUAAAAUAAAAUUAUUUAUAUUUUAUAACUUAAGGUAAGGCCACACUCAUGGUCAAAAUUAGUCUAUGUGUUCCAUAAUGCGUAUCGGCCUAGUUGUGCAGCGAACAUCAUUGGCACAUGAUAGUCAAAUAUUGCAGGAUGGGAGAUUGGCCCAAUAUUUGCCCAUGUAUGUAGGAUACGAGGCGGUCGUAUCUUUACCUAAUGUUAAGGUAUGUUAUGUAAGUAAUGACAGUUUAAUACCUGAAGCAACCAUAAAAUCAUAUAAUUCUUUAAUAUUUCAUUGUAAAGAUAUGUUAAUUCACCAUAUAGCAGUAGGAUAAAAACCAGAUUAUACUUAAUAAAUUUUUUAAAGUAUGGACUAAAACUUUCCCUUAAAUUGAGAAACGCCAGUAUAUGAAAAAUUAGUAUUAUAAAAAUAAUGGAUUUGUGAAGAAGUUCAGUUUUAUUUAAAUAUUGGGGAAUAUUUUAAUAAAACUACUUAUGUAAUGAAAGUAUUAAAGAAUUUUAUUUCUGGCGCUAAUAUUAUAUUUUAUUUUAUUCAUAAGUUUGAAUUUUUUAAAAUUAAAACCAAAAAUUAUCUGAACAAUAAUUUUUCUUGAGAUGGGUUGUUGGUCAAGAAUAAUAUCAAAUAAUGAAAAGUAUUUUAUUUUAUGUUUAUAUAAUCAUAUGUUCAGUAUUUUAUAAAUAGUUCUGUUAUUUGAUGUUUUUCUUGAUCACCACCGAGACCCUUUGGCAGAUUUACACACAGGCUUUCAAGGCUCUAGCCUAGGGCAGCAAUUCAUGCUGAGGGGCAACGCUUGAAUGAAAUUAUAUUUUUAAAUUUAGAAACCUUGUUAAUAUUAAAAUAAUAGCUCGAUUAAUGAAUGGUGAUAGACCCAAAUCUUAUAAAAAAAAAUAAAGUAAAACUAAUGUUAAAUAAAGAUAGUCCUCGUGAUAGGGGGAGGGGCUGACACUAUCUUCCAUGCGUGUUGCUGUAAUGCCAUGACAACAAAUCUGAUUCUGCCUGGACUAUCUCUUUGAAUUACUGUACAGUCAACCAUAAAAACAUAAUAAAUAUAAUUUUUUCUGUUUUAAUAUUAUUCUUACAUAGUAUUAUGUACUAAAUGUGUAAUUCAAUCUUAUAAGAUCCUUUAAUUAUAAAACUACUUACACCUUGUGCUAAUAAGAAAAUAAUUUGGUUGUAUGAGUAUAGAAAGAAAUCAAGAGACAACAUUCAUUCUGUCAAAUAUUCAAGAAGAGAUAUUCGUAGUUGACACUAUGAAAUAUGUAGUUGUUGAUUGAAAGUUUAUAAAUAUAAGACCACCGUGUUUUUUAUUGCAAAGAUUUAUUCUUAUAUAUUUUUCCAAAUAUACAUUAUAACUACCUUCUGAUAUAGCAACGUUUUUUUAGGUUAAGUAAGAAAUUAAUCUUAUUCUAGUCUAAAUUAAAAUAAAACUUAAAUAUUUACUUCUGCCUUCUUUUUUUCCCCCCUUCCUCGCCUUUUCGGCUAUACAGGAUUUUUUCCGGGCCAGGGUAGAGAGCGGGGGAUUAAUAUCAGAGCCCCCAGGCACCAGAAUUUCAACUCAUAAUCUUCAGUUUAUCACGAAUAUUUUGCUAUGUAUUAACCCGCCUGGCCACUCUUUCCCCUUUUUUACUUUGGCUUAAUUACUUAAGUUGAUCUGAUAUAGUAACUAAAAGAUUGAGCCCCUAUCGUGUCCUCUUUCCUGUAUUAUUAUGUGGCAGUCCCCAAUGUAAUUUCUAUAAAGACCAUAAAUUGCAUUUUGGAAUUUAAGGAGGUGUAGUAGGUAGUAUUAUUUCUUAGAAAUGUGGAUAUAUUUUUAAAUAUGGUUAACCUUUUGUAACUUAGACCUAUUUAGAUCUUAUGUGACUAAACUUGGAGAUAUCAUUUGAUUCUCCAUGAUUCAUUGGAUUUAUAUUCUGGAAUUAGUUUCAUUUAGGUUUGCGAGGACCAAUCAGUAGUUCCUUGAAGCAAUGAGUUAUGACUCAUUAGUUCAGUCAAUUUUGUGGCAUUUGAAGAGGUUUUCUAUCUUACUCUACACCCCAACUUCUUUCCUGGUGACACCAGAUGGAUUAAUUAUAAGCCUUGUCCCUUUCAAAAGAUGCUGAUCUACUUUUAUUUUUAAAAUAUGCAUGAUUUUUUUGAAAAUAUACGUUUUUUUAGAAUAUUCGUAUUCCUUCAUUUUUUUAAAAUUUCUAUUCGAAUCUCUGAUAUUGCUUUGUUUGGUCCAUGAUGCUUUAAUUUAUUAUAUGUUAGUUUCCAUAUUUUCUCUUAUGUUUGAUAUCUACUUAUAGGUUAGUAAAUUAAAAGAUAGAUAGAAACAUUGAUAUUUUUCCAUAAAAUUAUAGGUUAAUUAUUAUAUUUAUUAUUCAUGGGACUUCAUUGUAAACUGGUUAAGUUGUAUUAGAUAGUGUACAUAUUUUCUUACAUUUAACUUUUAUUUUAUUUUUAAAUAAUGUUUUUCAGUUAAUGGAACAUGGACCCUCAGUUGAUGGUUUUAUGGUUGUUGAUAUAUAUAUAUUUUUUUUUUAAAUAAUGGUUUAUCAUUGGUAAAUUUUAAACUGUGAUAAAAUUGAAGAUUUUUUUUAUUUAAACUCUAGUUUGUGUUCAAUAUUUAUGUUAAGUUAAUUUUUGCUCUUAUCUAAGAUAAAUAUUUUUUGUAUUUAUUGAAAAAGGGUUGUGAAAUCUGAACUUAUAAGGAAUAAUUAGCCUUUAUUACAUGUUUAUGCUAAUUGGGACCAAAUAGUUUUCAAUUGAUUUAGUUUAUGGUUAUUACAACAAUGAGCUAAUUUUGACUUUAGAAAAAUAGAAGCCUUUAUUGGUCAUUUGUUUUGCAGUAUAAUAAUAUAAUUUCUUAAAUACUGCUUCCCUAGAUUUAAACUGUACACAAUUGGAUAAGGAAUUAAAAUUAUCUAAAUAUUAGUUAUGAAAACUAAUGAAAUUCAAACAUAUUGAUAUGCUGUUUACUAUAACUAGUUUGUCUUUAUUUAAAGAAUAUAUAUGUGUAUAUAUAUAUAAUUUACAAAAUUUCUUCA